CUCGGAUCCGGGCCGGCGAGCUUAGUACUGCGGUUUGUCAAAGGCCAGUUUGUUGAAUUUGUGGAAUCCACCAUCGGCGCUGCCUUCUUUUCUCAUACUUUGGCCGUAAAUGAUGCUACUGUGAAGUUUGAGAUCUGGGAUACAGCUGGCCAAGAGCGAUACCACAGCUUGGCUCCCAUGUACUAUGGAGGAGCUGCCGCGGCAAUCAUUGUGUAUGAGAUGACAAACCUAGAUAGUUUUACUUGGAAUAAAAAAUGGCUAAUUUGGCUCGAGAAAUUAGUAGGCCCAUCUUUGGUCGCGCUUUUGGGACUUAAGUUAGUUGUACGGACAAGUGAAGAUAAGAGGCCGACUACCGCACAUGAAGUGCAAACAUAUGCCCAAGAACACGGUCUCUUCUUUAUGGAAACGUCUGCAAAAACUGCUGCAAAUGUCAAUGACAUUUUCUAUGAAAUAGCUAAGAGACUACCCAGAGUUCAGCCUGCACCGAACCCGUCGGGAAUGGUUCUCAUGGACAGACCCGCCGAAAGGACGGCGGCCGCAUCGUGUUGUUCUUAAAGUAGCCCUCGUCUGUGCUUUCUGUAAAAGCCCUUGACUCCUCCCAAAAUGCAUGAUGAAUUUUCGUCACUCUGAAGUUAUCUCUGCCGAAUUAUCGGGCGGAAAUGUACAUGCGAUGUCAAUUUAGGCCCC